AUGGACCUGCCGCCGUCCCCUCCUCAGCGAAUCGUCCGAGUUGCGGCCCGGCUGGCCGACUUGCCUGUGGAGCUUGUCGAGCCCGUUCUCAAGGAUCUCAGCCUCCAUCGUGUUCUCCAGCUCGCCACCACGCCCUCGGCCACUCCGUCCGAGUCGCGGCUGAGGGGCAUUAUCGAGAAGAGUCUGUCCUGGAGGACCGUCUUUUAUACCGGCAACGACCAGCCGCAGCGCAUCUGGAGGUCGCUCAGCCAGCUCGCAUGGGCCUGGAACCGUCAGAAUGUCCAGCAAGUAGCUUUUCUCAACCACUCCAGGCUGAGUCUCUCUCCUGGUGAGCUUGUGCGUGCCUGUGGGUCGGAAUUUGGUCUUUCAGUGGUCAGAGACCUGGAGAAAACCUUCAUGCAGGGUUUCGCACAGCUCUUGCGGAUCCCUGGUCAGCACCCUGGUCUGCACGAUGGGCGUGCUUUGGGUCUGACAACGGCGCUUUUGGAUGGCAUUUGUCGUUCCAUUCCGGUCGACGUUUUGACAUCGAUCGACGCCCACAACCUCGGGGAGCUUCCCGAUGCUUCCUUACUGCAAGAUGGUUCCUCUGGCAAACACACAUAUACCUCCUCAACACUACAUGCACUGCAGCUCUUUACUAUGGGCAAGUCUUCGCCGUUUCCGUCAUAUCUACUCCAUGAUGCAAGACGGGCGGUGGAGUGUUUGUGGUACGUGUACGGGCAUGACGGGAAGAUGGGCGAUGAGGUUCGAUGCGCCCGAGACAGGAAGACAAUGCAAGUACGCCACGCCACACACAACAAGGACAGACGCGCCGACGCAAGCCCCGUGGCAGAACUGGACCGGUUGGAGUCUUUUCUGAAGUGCGUCAGAUGGGCCUAUGCCCCUUAUCGACGAAAUGCUCCCAAGCUUCUGCUGGAGCCCGCUGACUACCGCCGAUACAUCGAGGCCGAGGACCCGAAGGUUAUCGGCAAGCAACUUUUGGCGGACUUCGGAAUUUCAAAAAACGAUUCGUGCAUCAGAACCGUCUUCCCCAGCUUGACCGCGCUAUACAUGCCAUCCUAUUCGUCGACGCGAACGCGUGAAGUAGCUUCAUACAUAUGGCCCGAAAUGGUGGACGAGGAACUCAGGAAGAUCUACUGGGAAGACGCGGUUCACAAGCUCAAGCUUCAUCUCGCGAAAGCACCACAGGUGGCAGAACAUGAGGACGGCAAUGUCUUAGCAUGUGACGCUUCGCUUGGUCAGGACGGGCUUGAUGAAGCUACCGAGAAGUACGUCGCAGCUACCGCGUUGAACAAGCCCAAGACUGGGGUGCAGAAGACCUGCUACAUCUGCCGUCUGCGAAUCCACAAGCCGCACAAGAUUUUCUCGGCAAUGUGUGAGCCCUGUGGCGAGUUCAACCUCGCAGGCUCUAGCGCCUCCUUGCCUCAUAACCUGAGGCUUGAGGGCAGGACAGCUCUCGUCACGGGAGCUCGGGUGAAUUUGGGAUUCCAUGUCGUCCUGCGCCUUCUUCACUGCGGCGCCUCUGUCAUCGCCUCGACAAGGUAUCCCAGGGACGCAGUUGCGCGAUAUCAGGAACAGCCGGAUUCCGCGGACUGGAUGGGUCGUCUGAGGGUGGUGGGAGCUAACUUUCGCACUGCCAAUGACGCAUUUGCGUUGGUUGGUCAAACGAGAUCCAUUCUUAAGGAAUGGGGAAGGGGCCUGGACAUCCUCAUCAAUAAUGCUGCGCAGACAUUGACCGACAGCGUGGAGACGGAAGAGGCAGCAGUCACGCGUGAGACUGCUCUAAAAGGCAGAGUGAUGCCUAUGCUAGCUGAGGGCAGUUAUGAAGCAAGGGUCUGGCGUGGUGCGUCGCCAAACAACGUGCUGAAAGAUGCCGUCCGCGAGGAAAACAUUCAAGCCAAAGCCAAGAGCCCCACUGGGGCAUUUCCUGCAAAAGAGGCGACUUCAGAAACGUUCGGCCUCGAAGAUUUGACUCUAGGGCAGAAAUCCGGGGGAGAGGAAGGGGUCGGAACUGGAGAAAUCAUCAAACGACCAGAGCCGUCUUCAUGGGUGCAGGCACUGUCAGACAUCCCAUACGAGGAUGUGAUAACCGCGCAUAGUAUCAACACUUUUGUGCCACUCAUCCUCAUCCGAGAGCUCCUGCCGAUCAUUGGCCACCGAAAACAUGACGACCCUGAGCAGCCAAACACUGGCCACGUCGUCAAUGUAUCCUCUCGCGAGGGCAUUUUCGAAGCUAGCCCUAAGCACGGGGCCAAGAAAGGCAAACACGUCCAUACCAACAUGUCGAAGGCUGGUCUGAACAUGAUAACGGAGACGGAAGCAUCCACCGCAUGGCAGAAGUACAGAGUCUGCAUGAACACGGUCGACCCUGGAUACAUGAGUGCGGCACCUGAAUACGAGAAAGCCUACGGCGGCGAGAGGCCGCUUGGCUGGGAGGAUGGAGCAGGAAGGGUCCUGUGGCCGAUUGCUAUGGGCGAGGGUAGCAAUGGAGGUGAGAGGGAGAAGAACAGGAUGGGGCCUAUUUGGGGCCGUUUCUUAAAGCACUACGGUGCUGUCCGAGUCGACACGCGGCUGGGACGCGGCUGA